AUGAAGGCAGUGGAAGAGAGCGUUUCCCCAGCUCAGCAGACGUUUUGUUCUGUCGAUGGCAAGCGGACUCCGAUUUUAGGGCAGGGUGACAGGCGAGGGCCGGGCGCCGCCCUUCACCCCCGCCUGAUUCGACGCCACCGUUAUCAGCCGCGACUCCCCAUUUACACACAAGGCACAAGGGAAAAGUUUAGGGACCGGAGCCGGCAGGAGCCGGCCUCGGCGAGGUCGUGUCGAGCUGGGAGAGGAGCUGAGAAAGCUGCGCCCUUGGGAGAGACGGGCUCUGAAAGGAACCACAAAACUACGGCAAAUGCAGCGCCCAGGAGGCAGCUGUUGUACGGGCUGACAAACACCGUGAGGCUACGGCUGCAGCAGACCAACCCUGGCAUGCUGAUAGUUCAUGAAAGGAGGGAGCGGUAUAGAAAAAAGCAAGUGGAGGUGCUGAAGGAGAAGAGAAGCCCUUUAUCAAAGAAAAAGCGGCUCAAAGAUGCUGGAGAACAGCACCUGGUUUCUUACAGGCACUGUAGCAGAGGAGAUGGUUUAAAGCAGAAUAACCAGUUUGAUGAAACUGUUGAGACUUCAUUACAAAGCAAUGUUCUCAAAGAAUACUCUUCCACUACAGGAAACGUGUCCCCUGACCUGCAGGAACGGUCUGUUCACAGUCGGUUGAGGAAUUACGAAACUGCGCGUGAGGAACAUCCAUGUGAAGUAACUACAGCCCCCUUAGGGCUGGAGGAAGCAGCACUAAAAUCUGCUCGCACAGAAAAGGAUGUGAAAGGCCAACUCCUGGCACCUUUCAGAUCAGAUGCUGAUGCAAAGGAAAGUAAUGAUCGUGAAGCAAUAUGCUUGAUCCAUCACAAAACCACAGAAACUGAUAACACUUCCAUUGUAAGUGAUCAUAAAUCCAAACCAAGCCCUAGCAGGAGUGUUGAAAGCAACUCCAAAUUCAUAUACUCAGAUGACUUUGUUGCUAGCCCUGAGAACACAGUUUAUUCAGAAGAUAUCAGCAGCAUUGACUAUACAGGCAGAGGCUCAGAAACUUUUGACAGCAGUCCUGAACCUCCGUGGCUCGAAAGCCCAAAGCAAGCGUGUUCACAUUCAGAGUCGGAGUCCAGCAGGUCCAGAAUUUCAAAGAGAAGUCAAAGAGCUGAAAGUACUUCAGCUCUUCUGCCGGUUCCUUCAGCUUCAUCUCCAGUCCGCUCUCUCAAGAGAAACUAUGACGUGAAAACCAGCGAGAGAACUAGUGGUGAAGCUGUUGAUUUACUCAGCAAUGAUACCUCGUUUCAAGCGAGGUUAUUACAAGAAGAGCAGGUAGCCCACCAGAUCAGUGAGGAAGAGAACAGAGCUGAUCAACAUGUUAAACAAGCAUCUACACUGAGAAGCAAAGAAGUUAGCUCUGAUACUGAUCUGAACAUAGGAAAGGGGCAGACUUCUAUAGAGAAAAGCCAAUCGCUAACUCAGGCUAGCUCAUAUUUGCCAUCUAACAUUUCUGAUCUUGAACUUAGUGCCCUGGAAAACAGUAUGUCAGACAAAGAUGAUGAUUUUUUGGAAACACUGAGCAUUCCUAACCAAUAUAAAGACAUCAGUGAACUUGUAAUAAGCAAGCUUCCUGGGUAUACAAUGUAAUUACAAGUUUUCCCUGUCUUGAUUAAAGUAUGAUAUUUAUAUUUUUAUACGGACUGUUACAUUUAGCUACAAUUUAUACAUGUUAAUUUGAGAAUGUAUCAUUCACAUUUAAUACAUCGGUGAAUUUGUUAAUGAGUUUUUAAAAUAAACUACAUUGAAUAGCUAUUAAAAAUGGCUCUAAGUGGUACCUAUAGCAUGAUUUCAGUGUUAGUAUCCUCAUUCAAA